AAAUUUUUUAAAUAAAAAGAAAGAGGAAAAGAGAGAGAGAUUUGACGGUGGCGUCUCCUGGCUCUUUGCUUGCACAAACCGGUUAGUUAAUAGUUAGUCAUCUGCUUGUUUGCUGGUAUCUCUUUUUUCCAUGUAUGCAUUGGUAACAUCUAUUUUGAAUUUUGUGCUUAAAGUUAAUAAUUUCAAUUCAAAUGGUUCCUUUAAUCUAGUGAAAACAAUUUAAUGUAUUAAUGUUUAUGUAUCUUAUUGUGUACCUUGUUUAACUUACAACAUGGAAUUGGAAUCUAUGAUUGUGUUAUUUAUUGAGAAAAGGAAAGAAUUAAAUCAAUCACUUGCUAAAGUUGAAGCUCUAACUCGCCAGUUAGAGGAACUCAAAAGUGGUAUCAAUGGGUCAAGCUAUAGAUAUAUCAAUCCAACCAACAAAGUAUCCAAUGAUAAGUUUGAUGAUUUGGAAAAAUUAAGACAAGAGCUUGCGGCACAAACUCGAUUGAAUGACCAACAAAAUGUGACCUUAAUGCAAAAACAAAACUUGUUAAUGCAACGGAAAUGUGAAAUUGCCGGAAUCGAUGAGAGGAUUGCUGAGCUUCAGAGAAGGUUGGCUAUGAAAAGAAUGCUUAACCAACAACUAUCAUCACAGAUGAAAAGUCGUACUGGAGUUGCAUAUGGUCUUCCUAACGAUUCACUUAACUCUGGAAAUCCAAGAUUGAGAAGUUCUGUUGGUCCAUGUAACACAAUUCGUUUAACUAAUAGCUAUAAUCGUAAUAAUAUUAAUACUAAUGUUGCUGCUGUAGAACCAUUUCAACGGUCAACAACAUCCAAUAAUAAUAAUUAUGGUCCCAACGCUUAUGAUAAGUCGGAAGAAAAUCUCGAUAACCUUGCUGAUCACUCUCCGUCCAAGCAACAUAAUAUGUAUGCAACUUCACCUUACAGGAAUAGUGUUGAAAUUAAUUCAUCCAGUCCAUAUCCGCCCUCCACUAAUUUGAAUAUCGCCAAUACAAACGCCAUUAAUAAUAAAAACAACUGUGCCCUUAACUCACAACUUUAUCAAAGGCAACAUCAAUUACAGCAACAGCAGCAGCAUCAUCAUCAACAACAACAACAGCAACAACAAUUUCAAUCUGUUAUUAGGGUUGCUAAUCAUAAAAAUAUGUCUCUUACUGGUGAGAUAAUAAGUCACACAGAAUCACCGGAACAGUCUUCUGAUGGGAACGGAACUUGUGAACCUGUCAAACCACAGUCCGAUGUGGGAGCUGAAACUUUUAUUAGUCCGUUGAAAAACAAGAUACACUUGAGAGAACGGCCUUCGCCCUCCGGAAGUAGCAGUAGCUCAUCUGACCAACUUCCUACUGGUUAUUCUGCAUCAAAGAAAGCUUUAGACAACGGUGUCACUGUUAAUAACCACAGUAAAUCACAUAUUGGUAACCAUAAUCAUUAUGGUACUCGUAUUGAUAAUAAAAUUGAGGGUAACUGUGAUUACUACAAUAGUCACCACUGUUCCGAGUCGAAUGGAUAUGAUGAUAUAAUUAAAACCUCAAAUGAACAGCUAAUAGAUUCUAUUCGCAAAAAUUCACGCUUGGCUAACCAACAUCUCUACCAGCAACAUCAACAAAAACAACUGCAACUACAGCAACAACAUCAACAACAAUCAGAAUUGAUUGAAAAGUGUAUUUCAGAUUUGCCAAAUGGUAACAAUGAUCAAAACACUUCAUCAUUAGACAAAGAUGAUCGAUCCUCAUUGUCUGGUCCUUCUAUAACUUCUUCUGGAUCAAAUUCAUCAUCAGUUCAAGCUAAUAUGGUCAAUGAAAACGGUACUAAUUACAAUUGCAACAACAGUAUUAUCAAUACCAGCAACAACAGUCAGUUGAAAAACAAUUUACGUAUGCAACAGCCUCAAUCCUGUAAAUCAACCUCGUCAAAUAGAUUAACCUCAAAUAACUGUAGUCCUUGCCGAGGAAACUAUAAUAAUGAUAACACAGUGACAGAUCAUAACCAUCAUCACAAUGAUUGCACUGAUAGAAGUGAUUUGAUGAUAAAUAAACCAGUUUGUGAACAGCAUCAAUACCAUCAUCAUCCAAAUCAACAUCAACAUCAUCCUCAUCCUCAUCUUCACCAACAAAACAACUCUUACAUAAGAAAUAGCUAUCCCAAUAAUGAGUCUCAGAUUCCAACGAGCUUUUACGACUAUUCACCAUCAUCUUCAAAUAAUAUCUAUUCAACUUAUACCAAAUCAUGUACGGAUGUACACUCUCGAAAUCUCGCCAACGAUGCCAAUUCUUCAUCUCUUUCCUCCUCCAAUAACACAACAACUUCUUCAGUGCCACAACAACAAGAACAUUCAUCAUCAUCAUUGUCAUCUUCAUGUUCGGAUCCAUCGACAUUUUAUAUAUCUUACGGCAAGAACGGUUAUCACCAUCAACCACCAUCAAGAGAAUCAUCAGUUAAUGGACAAAAGAUUUACAACAAAAACAACAAUGUUGAUGAGAUAAUAAGCUUAAACUCAAGUGAACGCUUACCUCCAACUGGCAAGGAGAGUAAUACUAGUAGUAAUAAUAAUAGUGUUGGUAGCUGCUUUCAACCAAUAAAGCAGGCCAACAACAAUAAUUGUAAACCUCAAAAUCACAAUCAAGAUGGAGAUAUUGAAAGUAAUGAUGAGGAUGUUAAAAGUAAACCUGUCGAGUCUCUCAAUGAUGAGUCAACCUUUUCAAAAGGUGAUGAGAAUCUUAUUACUGAUAAAGAAACCAAACAAGAAAAAGAUUGGUACAAUAUGAAAAGAAGACCUGUAGUUGCUGAUAACAAGAUAGAGAAAGAGUUAGAUAUCUCAAUAGCUGAGAGGAAGCCACUCAACUUUAAAUGGCCACCUCAACAGCAUCACCAGCAACAUCAUGCAAAGCAAACUGUUAAAUCGGAGAAGCAAGAGGAAGGAAAAAAGGUCACUUGGGCAAAGAAAAGGAUUCUUUCUAAAACAACGGACGAUAUUCGAAGUACACCAUCAGAUUCAUUUUCUUACCUUAAAGGUGGUUCACCUAAACGUUCAGAUGCGAUCCGAUUUAGUCCAUCAGUCAACGGUAAUCUCAGUAAACAUGACAAGGACGGAAACAUCGAGAACCAAAAAAACCUGGAUAAAUGUUACAGCGUCUCAAAUGCUAACAACUUCAAAACCAAAAGUUCAUUAAAAAAGGAUAGAAUACCUCAAAAAGAUCAUGAAGGGCUCACAAGAAGAGUCAGUUUUGACCCUUUAGCUCUUUUAUUGGAUGCCGCGUUAGAAGGUGAACUUGAUCUGGUCAAGAAAACAUCCAAAAUACAAGAUGUAAGCGCUGCCAAUGAUGAGGGUAUAACUGCACUUCAUAAUACAAUUUGUGCCGGUCAUUUUGAAAUUGUUAAAUAUUUAGUUGAAAUUGGAUGUGAUGUCAAUGCUCCUGACAGUGAUGGAUGGACUCCUUUACAUUGUGCUGCUUCUUGCAACAAUUUGACAAUGGUUAAAUAUUUGGUUGAACAUGGAGCUUGCAUUUUUGCGACAACUUUUCCUGACAAAGAAACAGCAGCUCAAAAAUGUGAAGAAGGCGAAGAAGGCUUUGAUGGUUGCUCACAAUAUCUUUUACAUAUUCAAGAUGCUUUUGGUCUCAUCAAUGAUGGUAUUGUUUACGCUGUUUAUGAUUAUGAUGCUCAAAGUUCAGAUGAAUUGUCCUUUAAAAAUGGAGACGCCAUUACCAUUCUAAGGCGUGGAGAUGAGGAUGAAAAAGAUUGGUGGUGGGCACGAUUAAACGACAAAGAGGGUUAUGUUCCUCGAAAUUUGCUUGGUUUAUACCCACGAGUAAAAGUGAACCAGGAUAAAAAGGAUGCCAUGGAUUGAAAUGUUGAAAUUGAGAGAAACUUGUCAAAUAUUUUACUAAACGCAAACACUAAACUAAUCAUGAUAAUUAAACCUAAAGGAAUCAUAGUCAUCCUUUGAUUGUUGCCAUGUCCGUCCAUAGGAAAUUAAUGUGAUUAUCAAGGAACCACAAAAAUGAAAGAAUGGAAAUAAGAAACUUACCGAAGUCAGUAAAUCAAUCAAAUUUACACGAACUGAUGACAGUUGGUCGCAUCGGAUCAAUCGAUUUACCCUGAUGCCGCAUUUACAUUCAGGAUCUUAAAGAAAUCAACUUUUAAUAUUUUUUACUCAAUCAAGUGUUAAAUCAAUAACAACGUUUAACAAUUUAUACCAGAAAAUAUAUAUAUUUUAUGCUUAUAUAUAUAUUUUGCUUAUUAGUUAUUUACUUAUUAGCUUAUUUGCUAAGGCCAAUCCAGCAAGCAUAAUAAUUUUGUUAUCGCAAUUUUUAACCAUCAGUUUACAGUUUAUGAAUGUGCCUAAAUUUAAUUUUUCCUGCAGUUAAAUGUAGAUAAUGUUGCCAAAUGGAUGAGACUUUUUAUUUCUAGAACCACAAAACAGACGUUUAAACAAUCAAUUUGAUCUUACGUUUGGAUUGUGUUGAAAUAUGAGCUCAUCACCAAAUCAAGAUUCAAGAUUAGUCUGAAUUUUGGAAAUUUUGAGUUGUAAAAAAAUUAUGAUAACAAAAUGAAGCUUGACCAACCCAAUACACCAGAAUCUCUGUGACUAUUUUGUUAUUUGCAUUAAUCUUGCAUUACUUGAACCUGCUCCAUCCAACAUUUUACCCUUUACCCUAAAUCAACUGAUUUUGUACUGUCUUCACCUUUUUUUAAAAAAUUUCCGUUACAAUUGUACUUAUCACCCACAAACGUCUCAAUUAUCAUCGAUUGGAUAUUGUUUUUUUAUUAAUUUUCUUUACGAUUGUUUUCGCUUUUAAAUUACUGACAUCAAGUUUAUCACCUCAAGUGUAUGAACAUAAAGCACACCAAGAAUUAUUAUAUUAUUAAUAUCAAUUUUAUUAAUUGUCUCCAUUGUUGGAGUGAAAAACGAUAAUAUUUUCUAAUAAUCAUUUACCUUUUUACAAAAUAUUGUUGAUUAAUGAUUACAAUCAACACGAAACAUGUUCAAAAUACAUUUAUAAUACCAAAUGAUUGAAACUUGUCUCUAUCAAAGCAUUUGAUUUGUUUUAAUAAUUCUAAGACAAUAAUCGUUCAACAAAAUAUAAUUUAGAUUAAGAUCUAAGACCAAAU